UAUAUUUCUGUCAGUUGGGAUUGGGGUUCUGGAAUUUAUAAAUUCGAUACAAUUUUACUUUAAUUUCAAACAAAUGAGUUAGGUUUUCUCAUUAACCCAUCUACCAUGGAUACUGGAGAUAUAAUUGCUCAAUCUACAUUUGCAAUGUUAAAAGGAAAAAUCGAUUGUCGUAUUUUAGAUACUCUCAAGUUAAUGGGUUUUGAAAAACCUACAGAAAUUCAAGCUAAGAUCCUUCCGCAACUUUUAUUGGGAAAAGAUCUUAUUGGAGCAGCGAAAACGGGUAGUGGAAAGACAUUGGCCUUCUUAAUUCCAGUGGUAGAAAAUUUACUUAGAUUACAAUUCACCGCAAAACAUGGUGUAGGUUGUGUUAUCAUAUCUCCUACAAGAGAGUUAGCCUUACAAACAUAUGAAGUCUUGAAGAAAUUGCUUGCAGCAAUUGAUUUGCCACAUAUAUUAAUUGUUGGAGGAGUGAAAAAACAUAAAGAGAUAAAAUUAUUACAAAAAGGUGCUAAUAUUGUAGUGAGUACACCUGGACGGUUGCUGGACCAUUUGCAGAAUACAGAGUUUAAUUUAAAAAAUAUGAAGUGUUUAAUCUUAGAUGAAGCGGAUAAGUUGCUUGAAGCUGGCUUUGAGAAGCAUAUUGCUGGAAUUAUAAAGUUAAUACCAGAGGAUAGACAAACUGCAUUAUUUAGUGCAACAAUUGAUGACAAGAUAAAGAAUCUUGCUAGACUUUCAAUGAAAAGUAGUCCAGUGCUAAUUUCAGUCCAGGACAAUGUAAGGACUACAGUAAAUGGACUGCAACAAGGGUAUUUUAUUUGUCCAAUUGAGGAGAGGAUUCCUUGGUUGCAUAAAAUGUUAAAGAAAAGCAAGAAACUUAAGGUGAUGGUAUUCUUUUCGUCCUGUAAAUCUGUGGACUUUCAUUACGAGUUUUUUAAAUGUCAUUGCAAAGCACCAGUUAUAAGCAUACAUGGAAAACUUAGUCAAGCCAAUAGAAAAGAAGCAUACAGAAGUUUUGUUGAAGCGAAGACAGGUGUACUCUUUUGUACAGAUGUUGCAGCAAGAGGUUUGGAUAUACCACAUGUUGAUUGGAUAGUACAAUAUGAUCCGCCCACAGAUAUUAAGGAAUAUAUUCACAGAGUGGGUCGUACAGCAAGAGGCAGCAAUACAACAGGUAAUGCAGUCAUACUGCUAAGGCUGGAAGAAGAGGAAUUUGUUAAUUUUCUAAAGACUAAAAGAGUAUAUUUGGACAAAUAUAAUUUUGAUGUGCCUUCCAGUGACGUGAUACAAAUGUUACAAAAUUUAAUCAAGGACAAUGGAGUUAUGAGGACAUUGUCCAGAAAGGCAUAUCUAUCAUUUCUAAGGUGCUACAAGAAACAUCCAUUACGCAAAUUCUUUGAUAUCAAUAACAUGGAUUUAGAUGCAGCAGCGAAAGGAUUUGGUUUUACAGAAAGACCGCAUAUUGAUUUUUUAAAUAACAAAAAGAAAUAACUUCAAUGGUUUAUCCGGAUGACACGAAGUCUAAUCUGAAAUUUAAAUGUGCCUC